AUGCUGAUGAAUUUCAUGGAAAAGGUUACCGGCCAAAGGCAGCCCAAGAAGGGCGGAUCUUAUUCCCCAGAGCACUGGAAUGGCUUGGUCCGGCAGGUCAACCAGGUAAUGCGAAGGUGGAAUCCAUCAGCUGCCUCCAAAGAUGUGUUCAAGUACGACGCGGGCAGCGUGAAGCGACGACUGCGUGGAAAUUUGACGCUGGGCAGUGAUUUGGCGCAUUUUGCAGCUUCAGAGGGCAUUGUUUCCUGUCCCUCUCGAACCUGCCGACCUGCGGUCAUGCGGACGGAGCUCUUCCAGGCCCCCACCGCUGCCGCCAUCCGGAAGGGUGUGGCUGGGGCGGAAGACGGGGCCAACGAGUCCAUGCUGCUCCCACCUGCACUUGUCCCACCGGCUCAAGCCUCUCCGCCACAGGAAGUGUGCAGCCUCACCCGCGACAUCCUGAAGGUGGAAUUCCCAGCGAUUUGCCAACACUUCCGAGGGGUCAGCGCAAUGUCCUACAAGCUGUUGUUCGAUCAGGAAAGCUUGCUUGAGUAUUGGAGCGGACCGGUCCGCCGAGACGGACGGACCACAAAGGCGUCAAGGAUUCUGUGGUCAGGGCUGCCAGUGGGCCAGCAUGUGGCCACCAUGGCAGUGCUCACUUGCAAGCUCUUUGAGUCGCCUUACGCAAAAGCCAAGAGCUUUUGCAUGUGCUUCAACAGCCCGAACCCCCACGGCUGCUCACAGAGCUGCUUGUUUUGCCACCUUUGUUUGUCCUGUGGCUCGGCGGAGCAUGGCUUCAGCGCCUGUGACAAGGCCCAGAAGCUGCAGAUGGAAGCGCUGAAGUUUUGGAGGAGCUUUGGAGUUGAUCCACUGGACCCGGCCGCGGUGCUGGAGAACCAGCCCCUUCAGGAGACCUUGCAGACCUUGGCAGACGGCGCGCAGGACACGGAGGACGAUAAGGAUGGUCCUCUUGACUGGCACACAACACCGGAGACGCUGCCGGAGACGCAGACUGGCAACCCUCCUCCAGCUCAAGAUGGCAAAGUGGACAUGAAGGAGGGUGCUGCGGCGAUGCGACGUGGGAGGUGGCUGGUCUCCAUCCGAGGCAUUGACGGAGCCAUGGAGGGGUCUGAGGACGGCUUGAGGCUAGCAGAGAUUGAAAGUCAAGGAGAUGAGCCAGACUCUUCUUCUUCUUCUCACGCUUCAGACGUAGAGGGAUGCUUGCAAGAGGACGGUCAGGAAAAUCUUUCUCCACUGUCACCUGCGGACUGGAGUGUAGAUGACGUGGCCAGCUGGCUCUGGAACCUGGAGGGUGACAGGCAUCGAAGGUAUGUCGAGGCGUUCAGGCGGGAAGCGAUCAAUGGCAAGGCGCUAGCUCUCCUCAACAUGGCGGAGCUGAAGCAAGAGCUUCAGGUGAAGGAGCUGCGCAACCGCAAGGUCAUCUAUGAUGAGAUUCAGAUGCUGUUUCAGCAGAAGAUGCUCUGA